UUUGCAGUGGUGGUAGCAAGUGGUGGUAGACUGGCGAGAGGGAAAUGUGUUUGUUUGUUUGUUUGUUUGUUUAUGGGCUUGGGGCCAUACUCGGCGAUGCUCAGGGCUUAUUCCUGCCUCUGAGCUCAGGAAUCACUCCUGGCGGGGCUCGAGGUACCACGGGGAUGGCGAGGAUGGAACCCUGGGCAGCCGCAAGCCAGGCAAACAUCCUCCCCGCUGUUCUAUCGCUCCCGCCCCAAGAGGGCUGUUUUUGAGGAGACGUUUUGGGGCGGGAAAAGCUGAAACCCCUUCCCUCUUCUUGGGGGAAGGUCCUAGCUGGCCCCGCUACCCACAUGCCCUCUUUCUGACCCGCAGUCUCAGAAGACCAACGGGCCCCGCCUCCCCAGGGCGCGGAAACUGGCGAGGUCCCGAGGGCUCCCCGUUAUAGCUCUGUUUCCACUCCGCGUUCCCUCCAGGACCUGGGCUGAGCGAGUUUCUUCCAUGCCCUCGCCUCUCUCUCUACCUCAUCUCCAGGCUCCCUGUGCCCCCCCGGAACCGUGUUAGCGUGCAGGUGUCCAGCCCAGCCUGGACCCCCUUCUUUCCGUCCAGGUGUUCUAGUUCCCAGACCCCAACCGGGCCGGGGCACCCCCGCGCAGUGUGCCCAUUCAUCGGCGCCGUAGCCGCGGGAGUUUCUCAAUGGAAGGGGGCGGGGCUCCCGGGGGCGGGCGGGGGCGGGGCGAGUGGACUCCCGCCCUCCCGGGGUCUCACCGAGGCCGAUCCCACGCACCCGCCAGUGUUUCUGAGCAUCGGAGAUCGCGGCUGGGCAGGCUCGAGCAGCCCCAGGCCAGCGAGAGGGACUGGGGUGCGAAGCGGAGAGAGGUACCCGCCAAGGAAGGCGCUGGCAAGGAAGUUGGUGCAAGUCUGAAUCUGGGGCCUGACUCGCUCAGGAUGCCAGUCUGCGUUCUCCUCACCCUCCUCUUCUGCCUCGAAGGAAAUGCAGGGUCUCCACACUUCGUGCAACAGCCAGAGGACUUGGUGGUACUGCUGGGGUCCGAGGCGCGCCUCCCCUGUGCCCUGGGCGAGUACAGGGGACUGGUUCAGUGGACUAAGGAUGGGCUGGCUCUAGGGGGCCAAAGAGACCUGCCGGGGUGGCCUCGGUACUGGAUAUCAGGGAGUGGAGCCAGUGGCCAGCAUGACCUCCACAUUAGACCGGUGGAGCUGGAAGACCAAGCCACGUAUGAAUGUCAGGCUUCACAGGCAGGCCUCCGCUCCAGACCAGCCCAGCUGCAUGUACUGGUGCCCCCAGAACCCCCCCAGGUACUGGGCGGUCCCUCUGUGUCUCUGGUUGUUGGGGUUCCUGCGAAUCUGACCUGUCGGAGCCGUGGUGAUGCUCACCCCUUUCCUGAGCUGCUCUGGUUCCGAGACGGGGUCCGACUGGAUGGGGCCACCUUCCGCCAGACCCAGCUGAACGAAGAGAGCACUGGCUUAGUGGAGAGCAUCUUGUACUUAACCCCUUCCAGCCAGGAUGAUGGAGCCACUUUGGUGUGCCGUGCCCGGAACCAAGCCUUACCCUCCGGGAAGGACACAGCUGUCACUCUGAGCCUGCAGUACCCACCAGUGGUGACGCUAUCUGCAGAACCGCAGACUGUGUAUGAAGGAGAGAAAGUCACGUUCCGGUGCCAGGCCACCGCCCAGCCCCCGGUCACUGGCUACAGGUGGGCAAAGGGGAGCUCCCCGGUGCUCGGGGCCCGCGGGUCAAUUUUGGAGGUGGUGGCGGACGCCUCAUUCCUGACCCAGCCGGUGUCCUGCGAGGUCAGCAACGCCGUGGGGAGCGCUAACCGCAGCACCGCGCUGAACGUGCAGUUCGGGCCGAUUCUGCAGGCAAAGCCGGAACCCGUGUCCGUAGACGUGGGGGGAGACGCCUCCUUCAGCUGUGCCUGGCGCGGGAACCCGCUCCCGCGGGUGACCUGGACCCGGCGCGGGGCCGUGCAGGUGCUGGCGACCGGGCCCACGCUGCUUAUUCCGUCGGUGAAGGCCGAAGAUGCAGGCGACUACGUGUGCAGGGCCGAGCCUGGGGUCUCGGGCCGCGGGGGAGGCACCGCGGAGAUCAGGCUGACCGUGAACGCUCCCCCUGUUGUGACUGCUCUGAGUUCCGCACCUGCCUUCCUGAUGGGUCCCGCGCGCCUCCAGUGUCUAGUCUUCGCCUCCCCGCUCCCAGAAGCCGUGGUCUGGUCUUGGGAUGAUGGCUUCCUAGCUGCAGGAUCACAGGGCCGGUUCCUGGUGGAGACAUUCCCGGCCCCGGAGGGCAGUGGAGAACGGGGCCCCGGCCUGAUCUCUGUGCUCCACAUUUCCCACACUCGGGAAUCUGACUUUAAGCAAGGCUUCAACUGCACUGCCCGGAACCGGCUAGGAGAAGGAGGCGCCUGGGUCAGCCUGGAUGGGAGAGCCGCGGUGCCCUUUCUGCAGAUUGUGUCUGGAGGAGUGGCCGCGGCUAUGGCCCUUCUUAUGACCAUCACUGGCUUGUUCCUCUGCUUCUGUCGCCAUGGCAAAGCUUCUUUCUCAAAGCAAAAGAACACGGUGCAAAUCCCAGGCAGCAGUGAUGCCUCCAGUUCGAGAGACCAGGAAGAGGAGGAGACGAUGGGCAACAGUGGAGAACAGGGCACCCCGAUGCACAUAGACCACAGUGACCUGGUCCUGGAGAAGGGGACUCUGGAGAACAAGGACCCAACCAAUGGUUAUUACAAGGUUCGAGGCGUCAGUGUGAGCCCAAGCCUGGGUGAAGCAUCUGGAGAAGGAAAUUUCCUGCCAUCUCCCAAUCCCCCGGGACCUCCAGGAACCCCUACCUACCAUGACUUCAACCCGCCUCUUGCCAUGGACCUCCUGCAAAGACAGCACAGAGCAGACACAAACUAUCUCCCCACACACAAUCCGAUCCCCCCGUGCAGACCCUACCGAGACCGGACCAGCUAUCUGACCACGUCCCGGCUGGUGCCCCAGUGCAGGCCAUACAGAGAUCCAGCAGGCUCUCUCACUCUACCCCGGCCGCAGCCUCAAGCUUUUAUCAACUACAUCAAACCCACAUCCUUUGGGCUCCCAGAUCUGAGCCCAGGGCCUCCCUGUUGCCCGUAUGCAGUCUUUCCCACACCAGGUCACUCUCGUCUCCAGACUCAUGUGUGACAUCCCCUCAACUGAAGAAUUUUAGCCACCAUGGAUUGUCCUGAUUUCUAAGGAACCACGAGUUGAUGAUCUUACUCCUCCAAAACUGAACAUUGCUGAGAGGGAGGGAAAGAUGGUUACAAUAAUCUGGAUCAUCUCAGCC